AUGAUGUUGGCUAAGGACGAAUUCGAUUGUCUCGUUUUUAACUCCUCAUCAGAGCCAAAUCCGGCGCCGGGUAGUUGGGUCGGUUCAAUUUAAUUUCUUUAUUCAGGAAAGUAAAUUUUUCAGCAAUGGAGCGAUACCUUACCCUACAAAGUGCAAGCUUACUGUGAAUAUGACAUGUCCCGAAGGUUCGUUGAACAAUUUUUCUCAGAGUAAAUUAUUUAUUCCAGAUGCCCGUACAAAUCCAAAUCAGCGAUCAACGCGAUUCAAGAACUUUACGAUUCGGAGCGAAAAUACGUGACAUAUCUGGCAGUUAUAGACCAAGUGCGCGGACUUAUUUCAAAUCAAGUGAUAAUUUUUUCUAAAUUCAGCUAUUCGUCAAGAAGUUGUUCGAAAGUAAUAAUUUCUCGAAAAAACAAUUGCGGACGCUGUUUGGAGAGAUUUCUCCAAUUUUGCAGACGAAUGAGGUUUAUUGGUUUGAAAGUGGUAAUGAAAUUGAAUUGAUUUAGAUUUUGCUCCUCUCUCUGCGGUCGAAGCCGAUACACGAAGCAUUCCAAAGACUUCUUCCAUUCCUCAAAUUUUACACCAACUACGCCGCGCAGUAUCCCGUUGCCUUAAAAACUUAUGCAGUGAGUAUCUCAUAGUAAAAAAUGGACUUUUCGAUGAUUACGACAUAUAAAAAACCAAUUUCAGGAGUUGAUGAAAAGGGAAUCGUUCCGUACAGCUGUUGGUGAAAUCGAAGCUCACUAUCUUUGUGACGGCAAUCGCCUUCCGGCGCUUCUGAUCAUGCCCGUCCAGAGACUCCCACGGUUUCAUUUGUGAUGACUUCAUUUUUACCGUAUUUUCAGAUAUAUCACAAUCCUCGAGAGACUCAUCGAGUCAUUGGGCCGCAAGAGUAGCGAAGAAAAAGAUGUUCUGAUAGGUUUAUUUUCUAUGCAGUUUAUUCAUAAUGUUGUUCGAUUUUCAGAAGUGGUCGGAGAGCUGAGAAAGUUAAUGGACAACGUGCAGCAUUGCAUGAUCCAGCACUCCCAUGGUGAACGGCUCCUUCAAAUCCAGGUGUCUACUUUUCUGGAUUUGUGUAGUAGUUCCAAAAGAAGACCCAGAAAUUUUCUCCAAAAUUUUAUUUGGGCUUUUAUCAUUUUAUUUAAGGAAUCUUUCGGUUUGAAUGGCCAAAUUUUCGAGCCCGGCCGGAGAAUCAUCAAGGAAGGGAUCUUGUAUAAGGUACAUCAACAAAACCAAAUUAAAAAUAUUAUAAUAUGAAAAUCUUCAGCGUGAGAUAAUGGGCGGCUCAACUUUCCAUGAACGCGUUUUCUACUUGUUCAACGACGUGCUGCUCUACGGCAAAAAACGUCUUGCUGCUGGAGGCGUCGGACCCCUUUCGCGCUCAAGAUACGAACCCUGCUGUAUGAUGUCUCUCCGACAUUGCGAAAUUGACCACAACGACAUCGACGGGACGAUCUUUGUGAGAUUAUUGUCCUAUAAAAAUAACUCAUUAUCCUGGCGAAAGCACCCAACAACAAAAAAACAUGCCUGAAAAGAAUUAAAGUCGCAGAGACGACAUAGAACCGUGAAACAGAAAAGUCAUCAAAAAAACUUACUACUUUCAGAUAAAAUGCGACGAAGUCCGAUUGGUCGUAACUGCUGACUCUUUCAACACAGUCACAACAUGGUAGUUUAUUUUUUUUAGCGGUCAGAAACUGAUAACUUUAGGUUUGAUGUCAUCAGUACAGCCAUUCGACGGUCCAAAGCGUUGAGGACGAGUUUGAGGAAAGAUCGGGACACUCGUCGCGUUACUUACUUUGAGUGAGAUCUGCGACUUUUUGCCAGUAAAGACGACAAAAUUUUCAGUCGGAGCCUCUGGCAGAAGGGAAAGAAUGUCCUCAAAUCCGUUUACUCAAGUGACGCCAGAGACACUGUGGGAAGAGUUUUGUCUCGUCGACACCCGAUUCAUGUGAGACAAAUAAGUAGAAGACUCCUGAAAAAAAGUUUUUACAGCAAAACGAGGAAGAACAAGCGUUUUUGAAAGGAAGCCUGAGUGGCGUGCUCAACGCAAGGAAGAGAAGAAACGGUUAUUGAUUUUAUAGAUUUUAUUUUGUUUAGAUUGUCAAACGAACUCUCUAAUCAAAUUGAAAGGAGCCAAAUGACUGAAAAAACACUUUUUCAGGUUUCGAUGACGAGAACGAAGAGCCCGAAACUCCGCCAAAGCGCCCCCAUCAAGAUUUCACCUUGGAGCCUUUGAAGCCGCUGAUUGAAGUGAGAAAGGCUGUUGCACCUGCUCCAGCUCCAGUUGUCGCAGAUGUUGAUGAGGUUCGGAUUAUUUAUUCAUAAAGCCUCUCCAGUUGUUUUUUUUUAUGAAAUUUCACCUGUUGCAGGUUGAUCGGCGACCGAGAAACUUUGGAGAAGUUAGGGCUAACUUGGCCAUGGACCAGAUCCGGAAACUCAGCUAUCAGCAGGUUUUUAAACGUUCAUACUAAUCAAAACUAAAUCUCUGAAAGGAGAAUAAAUUGAAAAGCUCUGCAAGAAUCAUUUAAUCUACGGUUACAUUCAGAGCACGCUCUAUGAUACGGACGAGGAGGCUGAAGAAUCCUUCGACGCGACGGCACCCAAAAAACGCGAAGAGCCGUGGUGGGUGAAGGAAUCGGCGCCUCCAGGGAUCAGCCACCAACGAACUCAGUCGUCGAUAUUCUCCAGAUGCAGCCUGAUGUGA